CCGGAAAGACCUCCAAAUCCGUCGCCGCUUAUUGGUGUGCCCCAGGGAUACGUUCGUGCCCGUAUAGACCCUGUACCACUCAUCGCUCAAGCCGGAGGAUGCGUGUCGCCGUUGUUCUUCCGCUCCUCGCCCUCCUCUCGCCGGCAUCUGCCAUCCAUCAAUAUGCAUCCCAUUUCAUCCCCACAGAGGGCGGCAGCGGCCUUAAACUGUCGUUCAGCCACCACAAGACCACCCAGCUCACCGACAAUGAGAAGGAGGCAACCUUUCUGAGCGACUCAUUUCCAGUGGGACCGGGCGAUGUGCUCAACACCAACCCGCUUCAUGUGCCUGUGGCGAUGCCUGAGGGCCCGAUUGCGGUGCGAGGGAUGUGGGGUGAGGUGGUCGAUGACAAGAACGUGAGCGUGCCGCUGUCCGAGGUGUGUCAAGGCCACACACACUCACUCACUCACACACACACAUAUGCAGCCGAGGGUGUGUGUGUGCGUCUUCAGGUCUACCUUCACCACUUCCUCAUCUACUUUGCGGCGAAGGGCGAGAAGCUCAACUUCACUAAGGUCUUGGCAGUGGGCGCCGAAACCAGAGGUAAGGGUCAGAUCAGCUGUCGGUGUGUCGGUCUGUCAUUGCCAACUGGGUGUGCCUUACGUGUGACUUACUUACUUGUGCAUCUCAUCUGCCUGAUGUGUGUGUACAUUGCAGGUACCCCUAUCUUCAGUUUGAAGGCCCCCUACGCAUUCACGACCACGGGCGACGAGAGCUGGUACCUGAACGUCCACAUCUUGCGGACCGACAACGUCACCAAUGUUCCGGCAUGCAUCCAGUGCCGCUGCGCCCCUGACGGUCGCCACGGCUCGCUUCUCUGCUGCCAGGACGGCACGCACUGCCACACCUCCUUCGACCCGUUCGUGACGGCCAACGACACCGACCCCUUCGAUGACCCCACCUACUGCCCGGAUUGCAACUCCAACCCCAAAGACAUCUUCGGUCCGCCCAUCCGCAACUUCAUCCCUCGGCCAGCCGCCAAGCACUACCGCAUACGGUAUGUGGUGCGCUACGCCGACCUCACGGCCGACGUCAAGCCCGUCCGUCUCCUUGGCAUGGACGCCGUGCACGGCAAGGUCGAGUACAAUGUCUACCCAUGCGCCAAGGCCGCUGGAGGUGCGUCAGCUCCGAGUGGACCUCUUGCCGUCAUGAAGCAGCGCCGGCUGCUUGCUGAGGACGCCUCGUGUGUUGACGUCAAGGAGCAGACGGCUGUUGUCAAUGACAAUUUUGAGAUCGUGGAGCUCCGCGGCCACAUGCACGUGGGCGCCAUCAACGCAACCUUCACCGCCUUUCACGACACGGCCGAGCAGUGGCGGUGCGAGAUGCGCGUGCUGUACGGCAGCACCGAGAGCAAGGCCGGCGACGAGGCGGGUUACGUCACGGGCAUUUCGCCAUGCUCCUACCAUAACGGCGAGCGGCUGGUGAAGACAGGCGAUAGGCUGCACUUCACGGCGCGCUACAAGAGGGACAAGCACUACGCCGGCGUGAUGGGAGGGCUGUUCAUGACGGCGCACUUCCCCGGCGACCCCUUCGCAUCGACAGUGGGCUACUGGCAGGACCGGGCGCUGACCCCGCUCAAGGAUGACCAAGAUGACGGGCUGGAGGCCGUGCCUGCCGAUGCACCGAUCAACGAAUACCGUGUCUGAGCCAAUCAGUGUGGCUGUGGGAGAGACGGCACAUG